AUGAAGAAGCUGUACCAGGGCGGCAAGGGUCGGCGGGUGCACCCGGCGCCGGCGGACGCCGCGGCAGCUGCGGCGGCCGUGGCGCUGCCGGCCGCCGUGCUGGCCCUGGCGUCCGCGCUGACGGCCGAGGAGCAGGAGGUGCUGGCCUACCUCCUGUCCUGCGGCGGCGCGGCGGCGGGCGGCGGCCCGCGCCGCCGCCGCGGGCCCCACCCACCGGAGAUGGGCUGCGCCUGCUUCGGCUGCUACAAGAGCUUCUGGGCGCGCUGGGACGCGUCGCCCAACCGCCACCUCAUCCACCGCAUCAUCGACGCCGUCGAGGAGGGCGGAGGCGGGCUAGGUGUUGGCCCCCGCGCCCGCCCUCCCCGGCGCCGGCGCCGCGGUUGCCGCCGCGGCGGCGACGGCGACGCUGCCGACGACGACCCCGCGGAGACGGGCCCUGCCGUGGACCACCUCCCGGGCUGCGACGGUGGCGCGGGGAUGGGCGUGGGCAUGGACCACCACGGCGAGUACGAGUGCGACGGCGACGAGGAGGAGGAAGAGGGGGGCAGCAACAUGGACGGCGACGGCUACGGGGACGGGGACGACGCCUCGGUGGCCAGCGAGGGCGACUGCAGCAUCGGCGACGGUCUCGGUGGCGGCGCCGAGAAGAGCACGGUGGGGAGGCUGGUGCGCUUCAUCGGGGAGAAGGUGUGGGGCGCCUGGAACUGA